CUUAUGUGGGCCAGGCCCCUCCUCCCCUUUCAUCUAGAACCAGCUUGCUCUAAUUCUCCUGGCUUUAACCCCUCUUUUUCCCUGGGGCUUGGGCUGCCUGCAGGAGCCACUUAGUUCUCCAUGCUUUAAACAGCAACCUCAACUCCAGGUCCAGCUCCAGCACCAGCCCUGGGUACAUCAUGGAGAAGGAAUUUCAAGACAUCCAGCAGCUGGACUCUGAAGAAAAUGACCAUGAGCUCAGUGGCGGUGAGGGGCCAGGCACUCAAGGGCAGAAUCCCAGGACAGAAAAUCCAUUUUGGAAAGGGUCACGUCUUCCCCAGCCCCUUCCACAGCGCCUCUGCUCCAGGCUCUAUCUCAAUCUGCUCGCCCUGGGUUUCAAUAUCCUGCUGCUGGUGGCUGUUUGUGUAAUUGGGUCCCAAAGCACACAGCUGCAAGCAGAGUUGCGGACCCUGAAAGAAUCUUUCAGCAAUUUCUCCUCCAGCACCCUGAUGGAGAUCCAGGCUCUGGGCUCCCAUGGGGACAGUGCAGGUGACAAGGUGUCAUCCCUGGGAGCCACACUGGAGAAACAUCAGCAGGACCUAAAAGCAGAUCAUGCCACCUUGCUCCUUCACCUGAAGCACUUCCCACUAGAUCUGCGUAUCCUGACAUGUCAGAUGGCAUUUUUCCAGAGCAACGGCACAGAAUGCUGUCCCGUUAACUGGGUGGAACAUGAAGGCAGCUGCUACUGGUUCUCUMGUGCUGGGAAGACCUGGUCUGAGGCAGACAAGUACUGCCAGCUAGAGAAUGCCCACCUGGUGGUCAUCAACUCCAGAGAGGAGCAGAAAUUCAUUUUACAACACACAGGCGCCUUUCAUAUCUGGAUAGGCCUCACUGACAGCGAUGGCUCCUGGAAAUGGGUGGAUGGAACUGACUACAGACACAGCUAUAGGAACUGGGCUAUCACUCAGCCAGACAACUGGCAGGGCCAUGAGCCGGGCAGAAGUGAAGACUGUGUUGAGCUCCUGAGGGAUGGACGCUGGAACGACAACUUCUGCCUAGAGGUGAACCGCUGGGCGUGUGAGAUGAAGCGGAAUAUCACUGACUAAGCCUGGCCCCAGCACAUCUUUAACAUGCACCCCAUCCCUGCACCGACCCUGGCUUCUCUACUGGGAAUUCUACAGAAAGGAGGAAAAAGCAAGUCUGGGUUAUGGGGAGAGGUUGAAGAAAAGUAGAAAAGGGGGUGGUUUGUUUCAGAUCCUGGGAAGGCUGAGGGCCUGCCUCUUUCCACAGUUCUUUGUUGUAGUUAUUACAAUUUUCAGUGGCUUC